GGAGCCAAACAAGAGACGAAGAACAUCCAAUCCAUCCUCAAAUUAACCUAAAAAAAAUUCCAUUUCUUUUUCAAGAUUAAUUUGGGAAGGGAAAAGAAACGAACGACUUUGAUUCUUAUUGUGUACUUUGAGCUAUUUCAUUGAGCCAAAGAUGGCAGCAUGUUUUGGAAACAAUGAAGAGGAAAUGUCACCGAGAAGCCGUGUCAAAUUCCUCUGCAGCUAUGGUGGCAAGAUCCUUCCCCGCCCCUCCGACGGUCAGCUGAAGUACAUUGGUGGUGAUACCCGUGUUAUCGCCGUCCCCCGAUCCAUCUCUUUCUCUGAAUUGAAGAAGAAGAUGGACAUUGUGUACAACGGAGAAGCAAUGGUGAAGUACCAGUUGAUGCCAGAGGACCUUGAUGCAUUAGUGUCAGUCACGUGUGAUGAAGACCUCCGGUACAUGUUCGAUGAGCAUGAUCGCCAGCCGCGGUCUCCUUCCUCAGGCUGUGGCUCACCACGCCUUCGUGUUUUCUUGUUCCCCACAUCUUCUUCACCCUCUGCAGCAGCCACGCCAGAGCAACGAUAUCUCGAUGCUAUCAAUGGCAUUCCCAUUAUGCCUCAGGCUAAGUCUACCAAACAACACUCUAUAUUCACAUUGUCAUCAUCUGCAUGCACAUCGCCGACAUCCACAAUUGAUAUGUCAACAAUGGGGUUUGGUGGUCUUUCUAGUGGCAGGGCCAGUGGUGGCGGAGGCAUGCAUAGAGUUCGUAGCACACCAAACAUCGGUAGUUUGAGAAGCCAGACAAGCACCGGCAGCAACUUGCAACAACACCUCCACCAACAUCACCAUUUUCCCCAGCAAUCGUCGUCGUUGCAGAAACAACUUUCAUUAACAUACGGUAUGUACCCCGGUGGUGGCGGUAGGUCUGCGGUUGGCGCGUCGAUUCGGUAUCAGCAACCAUUUCCACAGCCAACAAGUAUGUACUGUCUCAGGCCACCAUUGGCCGGGGGGCCUCGGUGCACAAACUCCGGACAUAUGGAGGAAAUGUAUGGUUCAGGCUACUUCUAUAAUUCAGCUGCUUAUAAACAUGGCUGCUUCGAUUGAUAAUCAAAACCUUAUUGUGUGUGUAUCAUAUUAUCCUUGAAUUUUCUAACAUCUGUGUGUGUGGGAGCUUGUGUUUUUUUUUUGGUGCUCCUUCAUAUUUUCCAAUAUAAUGAUCCAUUUAUUUUGGUCCUUGU